AUGGCUCGAACAAAGCAAACAACAAGGAGAUAUAGGCCAGAUGGUUCCUUUUACCAUUCGGACAGUGAGACUCCAAAUUCAGACGGCUCCAUUAGGGUGCUAGUUAGUGAGAUUUCUGAGCACCCCCCAAACCCUUCUUCUGACCUUCCCCAAACUCCAACUUACUACUCUCCCCCUUCUUCAAGCGGCACCCCCAGUGAUACUAUACUGCGGGAGGCCGACAGUCAGUACCAGGCCGAGCCUUCAGAACAGGCGUCGGAGGAGAGACUAGGGGAGGACCCUGUUGGCCCUAGCCGGCAGUCCCUUAUCUCUGGGGAUAGCUCCGAUGACAAUUCGGCCUCGUCAUCUUCUGAUAGCGCCCCAGUUAAUUCAGAGGAAGCCCGAGCAAAAAUAGAAACUAAAAAAGCAAUGGAAAAGCUCUCGGCAACAAAGAAGCCGGUUGCCGUCUCUGCAACAAAGUACCACACCAUCGUCCUUAACAGGGCGAAUGACGAGCAGAAAGCAGUCGGAACUCCCAAGGUAGCUGUUUAUGACACUUGGCCUUCUCCCUCCAAGCAAUCCCAACCCAAAAUUCAAAAAACAGGGGCGGGUGAUGUGAGUGCAUCGGGCAAGAGCCUGAAGCACGUCGCUCACAAGCCCAAGAGAGAGGACGGCUCUACUCUCGAAGCUGGCAGGGAGGUCAGCAAACCGGAUGCCACUCAGGCAUCGAAGGGUGGCUAUAAGCAACCCAGCACUGCUGUCGGCUUAGCAGGAGAGAAGAGGCGUCAUAGGAAGGAGGAGGAGGCUGAUCCGGACGGUAUGAGCCGCAUCUUCAUUGAAUUCCAGUAUCAAGAUAGUUUCUUAGAACUUUCUUGA